AUGUCAGUUCUCUUGGAGACCAGCGAAGGCGACAUUGUCAUCGAUCUUCUGGUUGACCAUGCACCCAAACUUUGCGAAAACUUUCUGAAACUCUGCAAGGUCAAAUACUACAACUUCGCGCCUGUUCAUUCUGUUCAGAAGAACUUCUCCUUCCAAACCGGCGAUCCUCUCGGCCCUCUUUCCAAAGAUUCUGAUGGCGGCUCUUCAAUAUGGGGUCAUCUAUCCGGUGACGCGGCGAAACGAACAUUCCCGGCCUUCUUCCACCCCAAGUUGAAACACUUGGAGCGAGGAACAGUCAGCAUGGCUACGGCGCCCCUCCAGUCCGACCCUGAUACACGUGUGGCUGGAUCUCAGUUCAUUGUCACAUUGGGCGAAGACACGGACUAUUUGGAUGGAAGGGCAGCGGUCUUUGGAAAAGUUGUCGAAGGCUUUGAAGUGCUGGACAAGGUCAAUGAGGCGAUUGUAGACGAGAAAGGCUACCCGCUUAUCGACAUUCGAAUCAAGCAUACGGUUAUUCUGGACGAUCCCUACCCCGACCCGCCUGGCUUGAGGGAACCGAGCUCGAGUCCCCCUCCGACCGCUCAGCAGUUGAAGACUGUUCGAAUCGAAGAUGAGGCAGCAUUGCACGCUGAUGACGGUGUCGAUGAGGAAGAGUUAGAAAGGAGGCGUCGCAAUCGCGAGGCACAGGCGCAAGCUCUCACUCUGGAAAUGAUGGGAGAUUUGCCAUUUGCAGAGGUCAAACCUCCUGAGAACGUUUUAUUCGUUUGCAAACUGAACCCCGUGACUGGUGACGAAGAUUUGGAGCUCAUCUUUGGCCGUUUCGGCAAGAUUUUGAGUUGCGAAGUUAUCAGAGACCAAAAGACUGGCGACAGUUUACAAUAUGCAUUCAUCGAAUUCGAAGACAAGGCGUCAUGCGAGACAGCCUACUUCAAGAUGCAGGACGUUCUCAUCGACGAUCGCCGCAUUCAUGUCGACUUCUCUCAGAGUGUCAGCAAACUGAGCGAUGUGUGGCGAAAAGAUACGAACAGCAAGCGAAGGGCGACUGCUCAUCGAGGCGGAUGGGGAGGUGUGGAUGAGCUCGAGAAGCGCCGACAAUACCGAGAUGAGGGAGAAAGGAUUACGGGUGGUAAUUACAGAAUGGUUCACGGGGAAGAGGAAAUGAAAGGCAAAAUGGGGCGCAGUGGACAGAACCAGGAGAAGGAUGAUGUACCUCCUCCGAAAUCCUAUCAUGAUGAAGGGCCAUCACGUCGACGAAGUCGAAGUCGGAGUCCGCGUCCAAGAGAUCGAAGUCGGGAUCGAUAUCGCAAACCACGAGAUGACCGUCAAGGCGACCGGCGCGAUAGAGAUCAUGAUAGGAACCGAUAUCGGGACCGUGGCCAUGACCGCCGAGACCGAGGUAGAGAAAGGGAUCGAUAUGGACGGGACGAUUAUGAUCGCAGGUCAAGGAGAUAA